UUCGAGUCCAGCAGAAGCUUCACUCACAAAUGUCUCGUUUCGAUAUCCAAACUUGAGGGCUUAUGAUGAACGUAUAAAGAGGAUUUAUUUAGUUUCCUUAGUAUAACAUUACAGCGUGUAUGUCUUGUUUAUUAUCAACACAAUGCCUAACUGUGAUACAACUGAUAUCUUUUACUGUUGCAUGAUCUGGUUGACGAAGUUUUGCAUAGAAGUCACGGAGUGGUUCAUGAUAUUUUUGAAAGCUCAGUGAAGUUUUGGAUUACGUUGAUUAUUCUUAUUACCACGCCCUCGUUUCGGAAUUACAAAAGAUUAUCCAGUACCGCUACAUGUGGAACAAUAAACUCAUCCCCAUGACUGAAGCACAAUGAAGCAUCUUUCACACCUCGUGCUGACACUAGUAAGCUGAGGUGCCAGGUAGCAAUUCACACCAGUUGUCUGCCGUGAUCAUGACGAAGAGGUUGCACAUUCACUUCUAUUAGUCGUAUACAUAGUAACUGGCUACAUUUGAGUAAGGAACGGUGAAUGUGUAAUUUGUAUAAAAGAGGAGGACGGGUACGAAGGGUGGCGAAUAUUUGGGUGUGUGGGCAAAGCGGCAACACCAACUCGGGCUUGCUGCUGCUGGGCGAGCGGCGUGUGUGUGCGUGUGUAGUCUGCCGGUGGUGGUGGUGUGCUGUUGGGCGCUCCCUCAACUGGUGUACCGACGAGCAUCUCCUUCGACGUCAGUGUGGGCAGUCAAGUGCAGGACGUUACUGUGAAGUGGUAGAACAUCAGAUACAAUAAACACAAGAAGAAGAAAAAAUAAUUACCACGACUACUGGAACAAAGUAACAAAAACAACAAUAAUAACAGCAAUAAGGUGAUAAAGCUCAGUAUGAAGAGAUAAAAUAAACAUGGAACCAGUGAGGACGUGCGUCUGAAUUAUAACAGUCACUAGUUAAACUGUUAAUUACGUGUUGCAUUUCGUUAUUAGUGUGUUAUUCCAUCCAAGGUCUGUGUAAAUACUGAUCUUGUUUUGCAUCCUACAGAAGAAACACCUGAUCUAUUCUAUGAUUAAGUGACUAGACAUAUGUGACCGCCACCAACUAUUAUUACAAGCUGUGUUGAGAAGCAUUAGUGAUGUAAGAAGGGCCGUGUGUUCUGUGCUACAAGUUUGCCGUCGCCCAGUGCCUGUGUGAGCUGACAUGGUGAUUGGGAAGCGUCGGACCAACAAACCGUCACGGAGGACACCUUGCCCGCGUGGCGUCGUGCAUGAGGCGGAGACCACGUAGGUGUGUAUGUCAAGGCCGGCAUGAGGGUGUUGGCGGUCACUCUGGGCCGGCCGUCACGGCCUCGGCAUGAUGACCACAUCCACCACAUCACCAGGAAGGAGGAGGCCAGGGGCCUCAUCGAUGAUCAGUGUUCCAGGAAGAACGAAGACAGAGGUGUGGGGGAACAAAAAAGCAAUGGAAAAGGCACCGUCUUAAGGUACAACCAAGAUCUCUCUGGUCGAAGUGAAGAUAAGAUGGUGUCCGAGUCGAGCAAGAAGCUGAUAUGUGCUGACCAAAAUGAGGCCAAGUCCGCGAGGGUGAUCAGGGUGCCGCGAGAGACGAUGAGCGCCCACCGGAGUAAGCUCGUCAGGAACUCGUCCAUUAACAAGUGGAGGGCAAAGUUCAGGCGGCAGCCCCUGACCUCUGAGACCGCAACAGAAACGGACACGGAACAAUUACUUGAUGAGACGGAGGAAAAUGUCAAGGCACCUUCUAAACCAGAGCGUGGAGUCCGUGACGCUCGCUCACCCGAGGAGAAAACAAGAGGCCACAACCCGACGUCGUCUUUAAACGGCGACUGUAACGGCAACAAGAGAAACAAGUGUAGCAACUCUCUCUAUAUGGCGAAGAAUAAAAACAAUGCAGUAUUAUCAAACGAUAAAACCGGCAUCGGUGCCAGGCAGGAGACAGUGGGGCGGGAGUCGAGUGGUGUGAGCAGCAAGACUCCACAGGAGUGGUCCAGUGUGUCUCCUCCGAGGUGUGUUACGCCCCACCGCGUGCAGCUCAGAGGAGAGUUUAUUCCCUGGGUGGGCCCCAUUAGCCAAAGAGACAGCGACAGUCCCAGGUACUUACCCAUGAAUGGAGGACACACUUCCUCGGCCCUGAACACCCCCCAGUUGUCGGGCCGCAGCUCCGCCUCGUGCCACAGAGCGUCUUCAGCAGCAAGGCCCCCCCGGGCAGUACCACAGGAACAUAUGAGCUCCUGGCCUCGCCCCUCCAGGGCCAGCACAGCCAAUACUGAGGAGGGCCUGUACAAGGCCCCGUCAGAGCUGUGUCCCAGGGCCGUGUGUCCGCCCAGUCCAGCGAGCCCCUCGCCCCCCAGGGCCAAACAGCCAGCAGAUACUGAGAGAGCUGUACAAGGCCCCGUCCUCAGUGCUGUCCCAGGGCCAAGACUCUCCCAGAAAGCUUUCAUCUUAAGCGGCAAGCCAUCACCUACAAUAAUCUCCCUUCCUCCCGCCGCCCCGUCCCUCAUAGCACACCCGCGGCUCUCCUCAUUCCGGCUCUUCUCCCUUCCCCACAUCAUCUCGGACGCAGCCUCCAAUUCGCAAACCUCUUCCCCAGCGCCCCACCCCUCCGCUGGGCUGGUCCUUCUCUGA